UGCCGGCUGGCCCCUCCCACAUAAAUCAGUGCCGCAGAAAGAGCCGCUCCCGCCGCUGAUUGGCUGCAAUCACGGCGCUGUGGUGAUUCCUCUCAGACAGACCGGAGCGCCCGGCUUGUAAGGUUCCAGCUCACAGCUCCAAGUCAAACUGACGACUCGGGAUUUUUCUUCAGGUUCUUUACCUUCAUCUCUGCUGAAAGCCAAGCAGAGAAGGAAAAGGAGACACCAAGGGGAAUUAAUCGAUGAGGAAUUUAUUCAUCUAAAUGCACAGUCCCGGAUUGAGAUCCUCUCGGACGGCUUCGGGCGACAGGGGAAUAUUUAUUUAUUUUUUCCCCCUUGCUGCUGAUCUCGUGAUGUUUUUUUGAAAUCCAUCAGCCUGGAGAUUUGAAUGAGGAUGACUGCGCUCAUGAGGAAGAUGCAGCAGGUGCUCUGCGUCCUGCUGCCGUGCGCUCUCCAGCUCUGCUGCGCUAACACACAGCAAGUGGUUUUUUGCACUGGCACCCAUAACGGCCUGAGCAUGACAGGAAACUCUGAGAUCCAGUACAACCUGAUGAAGGAAAGGUACAACAACUGCAACAUUGUGAUGGGGAACAUCGAGGUCAACAUGAUGGAGCACACCCGAGACUUGAGCUUUCUGCAGUCUAUAAAAGAAGUGACAGGCUACGUUCUGAUCGCUGUGAACCAGUUCAGUCGCCUCCCUCUCGACAACCUGCGCGUAAUCAGGGGCACCACUCUUUACGAUGACCGCUAUGCCCUGGCCGUCAUGAUGAACUACCAGAAAGACGGCCAGCACGGUCUUCAGGAGCUCGGCCUGACAAACCUCACAGAGAUACUAGAAGGAGGCGUCAAGAUCAUCCAGAACAAGUACCUGAGCUACGCUCCACAGGUGAACUGGCUCGACAUAGUGAAGGAUACGUCAGCUCACAUCCUAAUAGAAGACAAUGGUCCUGAAAAGCCUUGUAAUGAAGCAUGCCAAGACGUCCCUUGUUGGGGACCAGGACGCAACUGUUGCCAGACCUUGACAAAGACUAUUUGUGCGCCUCAGUGCAAUAGCCGGUGCUUCGGAAGAAACCCGAACGAGUGUUGCCACAUUGAAUGUGCUGGCGGCUGCAAGGGACCCCUGGAUACAGACUGCUUUGCUUGCAAGAACUUCAACAACUCAGGCUCAUGCGUGCCCCAGUGUCCCCAGACUCUGAUCUACAACAAGCAUACGUUCAAAAUGGAGCGCAAUCCCAAUGCCAAGUACCAGUACGGCUCUAUCUGUGUGGCCCAUUGUCCGAAAAAUUUUGUGGUAGAUGACAGCUCAUGUGUCAGCAGCUGCCCAGCAGAUAAAACUGAGGUGACAAAAAAUGAAGUAAAACGAUGUGAACCCUGUAAAGGUCUCUGCCCGAAAGUUUGUGAAGGAAGUCAAUCCGGCCAAUCCGUGGAUGCAAAUAACAUUGACAGUUUUAUAAACUGCACUAAAAUCCAGGGCAGUCUAAACUUUCUGGUGACAGGAAUAAAGGGUGAUGAAUAUAAUCGGAUUCCAGCCCUCGAUCCAGAAAAACUGAAAGUCUUUAACACAGUGGAGGAGAUUACAGACUUCCUCGGUAUCCAGUCAUGGCCUGAAAGCCUGUCUGACCUGUCAGUCUUUUCCAACCUUCGAACAAUACAAGGAAGAACGCUUUACAAAGGAUUAAGCUCUAAAAGGGGCUACGCUUUACUAGUAAUGAGGAUCAAGUCUCUGACCUCCCUUGGGUUGCGCUCCCUGCAGAGCAUAAAUGACGGUGACAUCUACAUCACUGGAAAUGAAAAGCUGUGCUACUCCAACACUGUCAACUGGACGCGCAUCACGACCAAAAGAGCCGCCAUCAAGGAAAACCGGCCACAGAAGGAAUGCGUUAAAGCGGGCCUUGUGUGUGACCCCUUGUGCUCCUCUGAUGGCUGCUGGGGUCCAGGUCCUGAUCAAUGUGUUUCCUGUAAGAAGUACAGCCGGGGCGGGACAUGUGUGCCAGACUGUAUGUUCCUAACUGGAGAGAGGAGGGAGUUUGCCACACAGUCAGGCGAAUGUUUGCCAUGUCAUCCAGACUGUAAGGUCCAGGAAGGGUUGGAGACAUGCACAGGCCCGGGAGCAGAUCAGUGUGUCGCCUGUUCCCGCCUGAAGGACGGUCCACACUGCGUCUCAUCAUGUCCAGAGGGUGUGAUGGGCGGAGAAGGAGUCAUUUUUAAGUACGCCAACCGACAAGGCCAUUGUGAGCCAUGCCACAUGAACUGCACCCAGGGAUGUACUGGCCAUGGACUCUGGGACUGUAGAGGAGUUGCUUCUCGGACCCUGUCCAAACAAAAAGUCACCGGCAUCGUAUUGGGAGUAAUCGCCACAAUCGUCGUGUCAUUCUCCAUUUUUGUGCUGACUACUCUGUACCGACGAGGCCUUGCCAUCCGUCGUAAGCGAGCCAUGAGGAGAUACAUAGAGAAUGGCGAAAGCUUAGAGCCUUUGGAGGAGAAAGAGAAAGUCCACGCCCGAAUCUUGAAGCCGUCAGACCUGCGUAAGAUCAAACCGCUGGGUAACGGAGCGUUUGGAACAGUCCAUAAGGGCGUUUGGAUCCCUGAGGGGGACACAGUGAAGUUGCCUGUUGCCAUAAAAACGAUUCAUGAUCGUAGUGGUCGACAAACUUUCUGCAAAGUGACAGACCACAUGAUCACAAUGGGAAGCUUGAACCACAUCAACGUUGUGAGGACGUUGGGUUUGUGUCCCGGUGACAGCCUCCAGCUCGUCACACCACUCAGCAAUCAGGGCUCCCUGCUGGAGCAUGUCAGGAACAGCAAGAACAAGCUGAACUCACAGAGGCUGCUCAACUGGUGUGUUCAGAUAGCAAAGGGAAUGAAUUACCUGGAGGAACACCGGAUUGUCCACAGAAAUCUGGCUGCCAGAAAUGUUCUCCUCAACAACAACUUGACAGCACAGAUAUCAGAUUAUGGCAUUGCGGAUCUGCUCUACCCAGAUGACAAGAAAUACCUUUAUAACGAGGGCAAGACAUCUAUCAUCAAGUGGAUGGCCUUGGAGAGCAUCUUGUUUCGCAGAUACAGUCAUCAGAGUGACGUGUGGAGUUAUGGGGUGACGGUUUGGGAAAUGAUGUCUCAUGGGACGGAGCCAUAUUCCACAAUGCGUCCACAGGAGGUUCCUGAUCUGCUGGAAAAAGGCGAGCGUCUAUCUCAGCCUCAGAUUUGCACCAUCGACGUCUACAUGGUGAUGGUUAAGUGUUGGAUGAUCGAUGAGAACGUCCGUCCAACAUUUAAAGAACUGGCUGGAGAAUUUACCAGAAUGGCCAGAGACCCGCCUCGCUACCUAGUGAUCAAAGAGGACUGCAGCCAACAAGAUUUGACAACUGAUGAAGUUGCUCAGCGAAGUGCAGACCUGGAUGAUUUGGACGAUUUAGAUUUUGAUGUGGAGGCCUUGGCAGACAACGUGACUCCAGCACCAUAUCACCUGUCCAAUAGCAUGAGCCGGAUCUCCAGGGCAGACACUCUCAGAGUUGUGCUCAAUCCAUCAACCGGGGUUGGAUAUCUGCCCAUGAAUGCAGGAAUUGACAUGUCCCGUUCUCGACUUAACUCUGCACGCACCAUUUCUGAGAGCUCAGAGGGGUGCGGCAUUGCGGUGGAGCUGGAAAAGAUUGAGGACCUUUCUAUGGCAGGGAGUGUGAAAGGAAGAUUCCAAAGGCAGGACAGUGCUUAUGUGUCACAGAGGGACAGCAUGUCCGGUGGACCACCGGAGACUCCCUCCCCCGAGUUGGAGGAAGAAGAUCAGAAUGGAUAUGUGCUUCCUGGAGGAAGCCCAGAAAGAGAUCCUCUAAUGUACUCAGGUCGAGCCACUCGCGGCAGAAUGGGAAAGUCUUUCUCAUUAGGCCUCCUGGAUGACCCAGACGAUGAGGAAUAUGAGUAUAUGAAUAAGCAAACACCUGUUUCUCUCAGGCACAACCCCCACAUGCUGAGGUUGAACAAGAGACGGACCCAUUCCUUAUCCUCACAAGCGACAGCCUAUUCCUGUGACACAACGCUCUGCAUGGACGUCAGAAAAGGGCAAACAAUAAGUCAGAACAAGCCCGAUUCAGCCCAGCAGGGUUCCAAGGAGGUCCAGUAUGAAUAUAUGGACAUCAGAUGUAAUGACAAAGAGGAAAUCCCACCAGAGCAUGACCCCCCUCCACCUCCAAUUCUACCAAGGAUUAGAACAGCAGUUAAGGAGGGAGAGGAGGAUGAAUACGUUGAGAAUGACGACUAUCAUUACACGAACAAACAACCAGAGCAGCCGCAACCUCUUGCAGACAAUAAAGACUCAUGCAGUGACAAAAAUGAGUCAGUCGAAUACGAGGACAUGGACUGCUUAGCUGCUCCGCCAACUGCAGAUGAUGUAGUCGUUUACCAGAACAUGCAGAGGGAGGGCGAAGGAGCAGGGGGAAGCACACAAGCACACCCAUCUGGGUUUGAGUCCCACAUUAGGGUGCAAGCUGGCGUCGGGGAACCUACUGUUAAUGAAAGAUCUUUUGACAAUCCAGGCUACUGGCACAGCAAGAUGUUCCUGACUGCACCGUCUUGAAGAACAUGUUCAUCUCACUAUUGGGACAGAUUCAUGAAGGACCUGAAAAAGGAAAAAAGCCACAUAAUGUAGCCUUUAAUACAAUCUCAAGGAAUCAUAAACAACAUGAAGUGCACACAAUGGAAUAAGAAUUCUCUGACCAUAUAAUGAGGCGGCAAGAUGUAUUUUUUUAAAGAUGUCUAUAGUUUCGAUGAGCUUGUACAAAUGUAUGUGCUUUCAUGUUUUUUUAUAGUUAUUAAGGAAAAUAAUGUAAAAAUAUAAAGAGUAUACAAGGAGCAGUGGUAUAGAAGCCCAUUACUGUCAAUUUCAGGGGAAAUAUACUGGAAGUGCAUUUGACAAUGAUAACCUCAGAAUAUUAAGUUUAGCAGAAUAAAGGCUGGCCUUGUCAUAGCUGAAAUUAAUAAGUACAACAGUGUACCAUCAUAAUGCUAACUGGUUUAGCCAUGUAUAAAAUGUUAAUAUCUACAUGCUCUAUAGAACUUCAUUGCUUGUCUACAUUUCUGUAAUAGCAGAGAUUGUGCACUUAUGGCAACUAGACAACAGAUUUUUUACAGUUUUUCAACAAAGAAUUAAGUUUCUCACUAGAUAACAGAAGUAAAUGUGUUAUAUUUCUCCAUCAUUGUCAAAAAUGGGCUUCUGUACUUUUUUAUGUUUUAGGCCUAUGAUGUUUGGCAUUACCGGACCUAAAAGCACUGAAUGUUUAAAACAUUAACACAAAUGAACAGAUUACAAGCUACAGUUUACUCAUUACAUUUUUAAUACAUCAAAUGUUUUUUGAGAACAGUACAUGUCAAUGUAUACUUUAAUACCUCUGUGAGUGAUUAUAUAUCAAAUGUAUUUGGUACACAAUAUAAAAAUACACAAAAAAGACUAUUUGAGAGCAGUUUAUCAUGUCUUCAUUGUUUUUGUUUUACAGGUUGCUCCAGUAAUAAAUACAAAUUUGAAGAAAC